UUGAAAGUGUGGUUCCUUGAAGGACAAGGCGCGCGCUGCCCGGCCGAAUGUGAGAGGCGCAAAAUUAAAGCAGGGGGACGGCGGGUGAUGGGAACGGUGUGAUGGAUACGGAACUGUACGUGUUCCUGCUCGAUGGCGUGUUUCAUCUGAUGAGCGCUGUGGCUUCUGGACUGGAGUUCAUAAUCUACUUCAACAACGGCUUCGGCAGCAUCGGCGAGAUGUUUGCGCUCACCAUGUGCGGCACUAUGUUCCUCUUUCACGCCCUGCAACUCCGUUUCUAUCGGAGACAUGUCACCGUACGAUGGGUUCAAGCGCAGCAGUAAGCGCCGAAAAAAAGCAUUCUGUCAUGGAGAGAGACUUCAAUCAACUGGACGCCAUUUUUCACGCCUACUCCUCUCUCUGGCACGUCUUCAAGCUGUUGAAGGUGUUGACUGUGGGCAGCCUACCUGAAUACCGCGUUGUGGUCUUCGUCCGAAGCCUGCUCUUCCUCGCCUUUCACGUUAUCAGGUUCAGGUCGAUGGGCUACACGCCUUGACGGUGAAAUCCCCCGUAACGAAGUCUUUGUAGGUACAGGACCGCCGACCAGCACGCAAGGGGAUGCAAUGAGUAAGCGCAUCAACUACUGCGCGGAGUUAAUUCUGUCGCUGUGUGACGAGGUGUACCAUUUGAGCCGAUUCAUCCAAGACGGAGGAAUCGUCGUCGAUUGCAUCCUCCACGGCUACAAGUCGGCCCACGAAGUCGUGCAAUUUAUCGUGUCCAUCUACUUUGUCUGCUUCCAUCUGCUCUUUCUAGGACCGCGAAACCCUCUCGUCUCCGAUGCCGGCAUCUUCUUUUCGGACCUUCUGUUUCACUACUUCCACAUGAUCUACGAUACGUGGAUCCUGACCAGAUACCUCUGGAGCUCGAAACGUCACUACUUGCCAGAGUACCUUGCGCAUUGGGCUCCAUUCAUCUUCCACACCGGCAUAGUAUGGAUAUGGUGUCAAGGCGUUCAAGUGAGCGUCAGGAUGCAUCUAACGCCCCUCCGGGUGGCACAGCAUCCUCCACCUCCGCUACCACCACCACCUCCGCCCCCUUCAGUCCCUCCGCCACCUCCAAAUCUUCAUCUUCAACCUCUUCCGCCGGGGGACCCUAUUCCGCACAUCGACGUCGACGGUCCUCAAGCUGGUCCAUCGUCGGCUCCGGGUCAGCGCUCUCCUUUACGCAACGUCCAACCGACGGGCGACCCGGGCGAGCGCACUGCUCUCUAUGACCGUCUCGUGGGACCACACCGACGUACAAGUAGCAUUUGAUAGCGCCGCAGUUGGCGAAAUUAAACGCUGUAGCGCUGUGUGAUACGCCGUAACGAAAUUGGUAGACAGUUACAUGGCUAUCGUCACUGUUUGGGUGGAUCCGCAGUCGAUAUCAUUAAACUAUUGCCUCGCAUAACCGUGAGACAGAAAGUAAAUUUUA